CCACUAUAGAAUUCACUAAAAGCUAACUCAUAAAAGCAAUACAGAAAACGUUUACACAAUAGUUGACACUCAGCCAGCACACCGGUAUCCAGAAAACUUUCAGUUCAUCAGGCCAAGAAUCAAGCAGCACCAACAGCCUGUUGAUCGAGGUUUGUGAUGGCUUCAUGUUGAUGGCUUCAGAUGAUAAUAUAUAUUUCCGUUGGCUACCACCAAUAUUUCCGUUGGCUACCGGUGCUACCGCCACCGGUACCGGUAGGAGGCAAUUACUACCAAGGAGACGCUGCAAAGGGGGGCUAUAGAGGCAUGGCUCAGGUGAGCUCAGCCAAUGACUCUUCCCUUCACCUUUUAUUGCACCAUUUCAAAAAUGGCAGAUGUGAAGAGGACGGGGCUUCAGAUUCUCAUUUUUUCUUUUGGCUAGUACGCAUACGGUAGCUAGGGAAGCAACGCCAUUUGCCCCUUUUUUGGCCAUUGCUGCCAACCAAUUGCUUCAGAGGUUGAUUUUCUCCCAUGUAUUCGGUGUUCUGAGCUCAACAGAAAAUCAGUGUCCCCAAUAUUCCGCUUUGCCAGCUCCUUGGGUGGUCCGGUGAUUGUACAUAGAUGAUGACAUUGUGUCGAGGGAGGGAUUGAUUGUGAUUCACGAGCUCCAUGGCAAAAAGGGUCCUGGUUCCAAUACCACGUCUGAUACUUUGUUCACUGUUUACCGAUGUUUACCCACAAGUUACCCUCAUUUGUCUAACAAACGUGAAACAAGAGUGCCACUUUGACACUUCUCAACCUGGACGCACACCGAGACGGACUUCCAAGUGGAUCGAGAAGCACCAAGCCCAGGGCUGCAUUUUAUCCUCAUUAUUGACAUAGGCUAUCCCCCCCUCAGCCUAACUUAGCUAUAGCACUCGAUCGAUAUACUGGUUGUCAGCCUUGCUGAUCGUGCACCGUCAUGGAGCCAGACGGUAUGUCAGCCAGUGCCAAUAAGGCGGGUCUCCCGGUAGCUUCAGCAGAGGCGGUCUCUGGGGUCCAUGGCAGCGAAGAUACCCCUAUGGUUCCCGUGGUCCUGAUUGAGGAGGAUGAAGCGAAUGAUCCACCUGAACCUCCUUCAUCUGCAGCCUUCAAUACUACUGGUACACAUAAUACCAGUGGUGAGUUCAAGAAGAAACCAGGAUUGCGACGUUCCAGUAACCCUACUACCGGUACCGGUACCGGUACGAAUUCUGGUACACCAGACACAGUCAGAGCGGCAGUGGCGCCUGCAGUAGCCAAGCAUGGUCUUGCAGCACGUCGACCCUCGUCCCAACAAACGACCACAAGAAUCCCUGAUCCUCCUGAUCAUGAAUAUGACUCUCACUCCACAGAUUUUCAUGAAGGACUGGUUCCUCAACCUCCAGCUGCUCGUCCUCCUAUGGCAACACCAAAUUCUGUCAUGGAGGUUCCCAGAGCCCCCUCAGGAAACGUUUUCACAGAUACCAUGAUCCACUACAAGACAGAAGCCAUGAAUCACGAAGAGAACGACGAAGAAAAUCCACCCAUCGUUGAAGAAAAUCUAUUGUCUCCGCCUACUGAUCCGAAAAGUGCUACCGAUAAAACCGCUUCUUUGUCCGUUCCUUUAUCCGAAAAGCAAGACAGCAAGAAAAGUAUCAGCGAGGAUACUGUGGCAGUCCCCAAAGUUUGGAUAUGGACUUGUCUCGUGCUUAUUAUCUUGGUGGGUGGAAUUGGGGCGGCGGUUGGGAUUACCUUGAAGGUCUCCAACAACGACAGCGAGAGCACCCCCACCACUACCACCACUACCACAGCAACCUCGUCUUCCUCGGAAUCUCUGCCCGCCACUGUCGGUCCAAUCGCGACUACACAACUCACCGACAGUGGGCCAACCGCUAACGAUUUGGACCCUUUGGACACUACCACUCCAGCCCCAACAGAUGAACCUGUCUCGUCACCCGCUCAAGAACCGACAAUGUCACCCACUACAGAGCCUACUGUAUUGCCAACUACACUGCCAACUGAAGAGCCUACCAUCUCACCCACUAUCUCACCCACUGCAGAACCUACGGCAGUUCCAACUCCAGUCCCUACCGACGAACCAGUGUCAUCUCCGACGGUGGCUCCCACAAUUUCAGUUACAGAUGCUCCCAGUGCACAACCAACAUCGACAAACCUUGACGGUCUGACACCAGAGCAGUCUACCAGUGCACCAACCACACUGACAACAACGACAGCAACAGCCACCAAUCCACAAACCACAGUCCCAACUGAGCCACCUAAUGUUUCCCAACCCAGCACUAGCCCUACCGGUAGUGAAUCGCCCAGUCUCCCCCCCAGCACCGCCCCAACAACUCAAAUCCCUUCUGCUAAUCCUUCUGUCACCCCUACUGUUGGUACUAACAAUCCAACGACGCCACCAUCCACAAUGCCGCCAACAGCUAAACCCACUACCCCAAGCCCCACCACUAGCACCAUCAAUAUCCCGUCCAAUCCUACCGGUACAUCAGAGAGCUCUAUUCCUUGCUCAACCAAUGAAAACUGUGCCAGCGGCAUUUGUAUUAACAAUCAAUGUGCCCAAGAUUUCCUUUCAGAUUUUGAGCUGUGUCAAGAGGAUGAAGACUGUGAGUUUGAUGCCUGCAGAGCCAAUGGAACCUCUCCUGGAAGCAGCACAACUGAAGAAACCUUGGGCACAAAGAUCUGUUGUCCAAAUGGGAUGGUUUCACAGGACAGCCGGGUUUGUGGUGGCCUCCCAACUGGCACCUAUUGCAGAGACAUUGACACAGGCUUCUCCUACAAUAGCCUCUAUCAGUCAGAAGCCAACUCGAUCUGUGCCAGUGGAAUUUGUGUCAAUGAUGUUUGUGUGGAGUCACUCCAGCCUCACUCAUCUCCCUGCACCGAAAAUGCAGAUUGUUCAAGUGAUAUCUGUGUGGAGGAUGUGUGCUUAUCGGGGGCACUGGCAGAUUUUGCCCCUUGCACUGAAAAUGCUGACUGUGGAGUGGUGCCUGUCGGGCCAAUGGAACAUCUCCUGGAAGGAGUACAACGGUGGAAACCUUGGGUUUAA